AUGUUAUCCAUUUACAAAUCGAUCCGUUUGGCAAAACCAGACCCUAUUCUUGGUCUAUCUGCGGCGUUUCUCAGAGACCCUUCUCCGUCGAAAAUCAACCUCGGAGUUGGAGCAUACAGAGAUAACAACGGCAACCCUUGGACUCUACCAUCGGUGGCCCUUGCCGAGGGAGCCUUGGCACGUUCACAUGGCAACCACGAGUACGUGCCCAUCUUGGGGUCACAGAAGUACAUUGACAGUGUACAGGAGUUUCUCUUUAAAGAAGACAAACUCGGCCAACUACUCAGGGAGGGGAAGAUUUUAACUGGACAAGGACUCUCAGGUACUGGUUCCCUGAGGGUCUUGGGAGAAUUUAUGCAUUCCCAUUUGAAAAUUAAGACCAUCCAUGUAUCAACUCCCACUUGGCCUAACCAUGUCAAUGUGUUCACCAAUUCCUCUUUAAAAGUUGCAAAAUAUCCCUAUUAUGAUCCGCAAACAAAAGGUCUUGCAUUUCAUGAAAUGCUUGAUUCAUUAUCCAAAGUACCUUAUGGUGACGCAAUUCUCUUACAUUCUUGCUGUCAUAAUCCAACAGGAGUUGAUCCAACUCAAGAUCAAUGGAGGGAAAUUUUGGCAAUUAUUAAAAAACGGCAAUUAUUCCCCGUCAUUGAUAUGGCAUACCAAGGAUUUGCCGAGUCUCUUCAAAAGGAUAUGUUUGUCCCGCAAUUAACGGCCAAAUUGGGAAUACCUUUUAUACUAUCGCAGUCAUUUGCCAAAAACAUGGGAUUAUAUGGAGAACGUAUUGGAUCAUUUUCCAUCAUCUUGAACGAUGAAUCCGAAUUUGAGCCUGUUAAAUCUCAAAUCUCCAUUGUUGCCCGUGCAAUGUAUUCUUCGCCUCCAAAACAUGGUGCAGAGAUAGUGUCCUAUAUCUUGACAAACGAUAAGCUAUUAGCACAAUGGGAAACCGAAGUCUCCAUCAUGAGAGAUAGAUUGGCCAAUAUGAGACACUCAUUAUAUGAAGAGCUAACUAGAAGAACCGACAAUGACUGGUCUCAUUUGAUCAAACAGAAGGGUAUGUUUGCAUUCACUGGGCUGAAUGUUAACCAAGUCCACAAGCUUAGAGAAAAGAAUGUUUAUUUGACUGACAAUGGCAGAAUCAGUAUUGCUGGCAUUAAUAAUCAUAAUGUGAACCAUUUGGCCGACGCAAUUGCACAAGUAUGCAAGUGA